CUCCGUCAGCUGUGAGUUUAGGUUUCGUUUCUGACUGACAGCAGACCAGAACAACGCAGAUCAGCUGGCGGACCGGAAGCGCCUCACAUGCAGCAUGUUUUCGUGGGGAGAGGACUGCGGACGCGGCUGCUGGCUGAAAGGCGACUCAAACCCGGCCAGCUGCACCGCGGAGGACGGAGUUCAUCACGUCAACAUCAGCUACCAGAUCACGGAUCUGUCCGCAGGGCGCAACCUGCUCGCGUUCGCCAAGAAGAAUGGAAACGCGUUUAUUAUGCGCACGGAUGAGCGCAAAUGUGGAAGAGUCCGAGUGAAACAGAAGUUCGUGAAGUGUAAGGAGAGGAUCGAGGCUGUGAGUUGUGGCGAUGAUGUCGUAAUGUUCCUGUCUGAACAAGGUUCAGUUUUCCACGUGGACACGACUCGACUCCCUUACACACCCCGGACUCUGGAGGCUUUUUCCAACAUGGCUGUCGCACAGAUUUCAUGUGGCAGCCAGCACUCGGUGGCCCUGAGCAAAGAUGGUCAGGUGUACACAUGGGGUCUGGACUCCAGGGGCCAGCUGGGCCUUGGGAAGAGAAACUCAGGGGUCGGUUCCCCCCAGCACCUCCGAUCUCUGUCCUCCAUCCCCGUGGUGCGGGUCUCUGCUGGAGGAGAGCAGAGCUUCGUCCUCUCUGUGUCCGGAGGCGUGUUCGGCUGGGGCAGGAACGACCGAGGACAGCUGGGGCUGGGAGACACAGAAGACAGGAAUACCCCGACUUGUGUUCAAAGUUUACAUCUGAAGAAAACUUGUGACGUUUCAUGUGGAAAAGACCACACGGUCAUUUUGACCAAGCACGGCGCCGUUUUUACGUUCGGCUCCGGCCGGUACGGACAACUCGGACACAACUCUUUCCAAAAUGAGCUCCGUCCUCGACUUGUUGCAGAACUGCUGGGAACAAAAGUCAUCAGGGUUGCAUGCGGAAGAAACCACAGCGUAGUUUUGACAGACUCCCAUAAAGUCUACUCCUUUGGGUGUGGAGAGUUUGGACAGCUUGGACACGGAGAGGAGAGCCACCCGUCCGUCCCGCUCCCCGUUCUCCUGCCUCAGGACGCCAAAAUCAGAAACAUCUUUGCAGGAGAAAACUGUUCCUUUGCAACCUGCAGCUGUGAUGAGGACGACCACAGACUCAGUAAAACUACUCCCAACGGUCUAGAAGGCAUGAUUGAUAAAUGGACUUCUGAUUGUGACUCAAAGUCGUGGAAAAAGAUAAAACAGGAAAUCCACCAAACAUUCUCAUCUGCUUCCUGUUUGAAUAAAAGCUGCCUCGAAAGAGAAAAACAUUUCCAAACCUCAUCAAAAUACCACGGCCUGAGCUUGAAAAUGGCUCGACUGACUUUUAAGAAACUGGUGAAGAAGGACCGCGUUUGGGAGGAGGCCGAGCCUGCGGUUCUACGCUUGCUGCCUCUUCUUGAUAAGAAUCCGGUCGGAGUGGAAAGUCUGAGGAUCUACAUCCUUCUGAACGAGCUCCUACAUGUGAUCCAGAAGCACAGGUCACCUCAGAGCACGACGCUCGCCGAGGCGGUCGCCACCGCUGUGACCGGCUUGUCCAAGAGAAGCCUCGAGGUCUUGGGAGGCUGGUGGUCGUCGCUGUCGCCCUCUAGCAUGAGGAGGUUUGUUUCGGUGUGGAAGCAGACACUCGCUGUCAUCUUGUCUUAUGAGAUUGUUCCUCGAAAUGCUGGAGUGAGAAACCUGCUUCUGGUCCUCCAGUACAUGUACAACGUCAACAGCAGGAUUUCAGAGUCUCAGAGGCUGCCAGACAGCGAUUUCUCUUUUUCCAUCGAUACAUUUUUUCUACAUGAGGACCUGCAACUCUGGCGUUCACGAUUAAAUCGAGAUUUCCUGCGAGUUGAGCCACUUAUCCUUUGCCAGUUUCCAGUCGUGAUGGAUCUGCAAGCAAAGAAAAUGGUUUUUGACAUGAAUGCUGGGCUCACAAAGCACGAGGAGUUACUCGAGUGGACAUUCACGACUGUCUUUAAUGCACUUUGGGAUUGUGAGUUUCAUUUGAGUGACGUUCCUCAACCUUUGGUGCUGAAGCUGAGGCGACUGUUGGUGUUGGAAGACACCUUUGAACAGCUGACUGCUGUUAAUCUGAGAGACUACAGGAAGCCACUUUUGGUCUACUUUGAUGAAAACAUUGAAACCGAUGUUAAUCUGUCCUUAAAGGACUUUUUCCAUGAAGUCUUUCAUGAGAUGGUGUCGCCUGAAUCUGAAAUGUUUAUGUUCAACGACUCUCAGACGCUGGCGUGGUUCUCGUCCAAGGCUCCACAGGAAGACCAACGUUUCUACCUGUUUGGGGUUCUGUGUGGACUGGCUUUGUACAACCAGGUGAUCGUUUACUUACCUUUCCCACUGGUCCUGUUCAAGAAACUUCUUGGAGUGGCGCCUUCGCUGGAGGAUUUGACAGAAUUUGACCCAAGUGUUGGAAAGAAUCUGUCGUACAUUCUGCACGACUACACAGAUGAUGACUUGGAGGACCUGUACAUGUACUUUUCAAUCAACUGGGAUGGGAUGGAGGUUGUACUUGAUCUUGAAAAUCCUGAAAAGCAAGUCACCAACCAAAACAAGAAGGAGUUUGUGGAUGCUUACGUGAAUCACGCCUUCAACACAUCUGUGGGAAACGUGUUUAAAGAGUUCACGCGAGGUUUCUUCCACGUCUGUGAUCGGGAUUUGGUGAGACUUUUCAGGCCGAGGGAACUGCAGGAAAUCCUGGUGGGGAAGGACUUCCACGACUGGGAGAGGCUGAAACGGAACACAGUGUACGAGGGGGAGUACCACGCCGAUCACCCCAACAUCCAAAUGUUUUGGGAAGUUUUCGAUGCGCUGACUGAGAACCAGAAGAAAGCUUUCCUUUGGUUUGUGUCGGGGUUUGAACAAGUUCCUGUUCUCGGCUUGGACAACAUUAAGAUGACCAUCAAAGUUAAACACACGGAGAACCUCUCCAACGACCAGUUUUAUCCCGAGUCACACACGUGCUUCUCUCACCUGGAGCUGCCGUUGUACUCGACCAGAGAGAUCAUGCAGAGCAAGCUGACUGAAGCGCUGAGCAACAACAGAAUAAUUAAUACUCUGGUCUGAUGAGGAACCAUAGGAGCUAAUCUGGUAAGUCACAUUGGUGUAAAUAAAACAGUCUUAUUAAAAAGAACAAAGCUGCUAAAAGAAACACUGUUUCUGUACAGGAAGCUUUUUAUUUUCACUGGAAUGAUCAUUUUGUUAUUACUAAUGAGUAUAUUAGAAUUCUGGUUUGUACAGAUCUGUCUGCAAAUGUAAACAACUCAGAUUUCUAUUCCAGGUGAUUCAAGGGUUUUAGAAGAAAGGCUUUUAGGUCUUUGUGGUUUUAACCCUCCUAUUCACCUUGGGGUCAGUUUGACCCCUUUCAAUGUUUAUCACUCAAAAUUAAUAGUUGCCUUUGUUUAAUUUGCUUCAUAUUUCAUGACUUUUCUUAAUUUGAUGGGGACAAUGGAUUCAGCAUAAUUCAAGUUUAUUCUAGUUUAUUUAUAUAGCACCAAACCACGACGAGAGUCGUCUCAAGGACCUUCACAUAAUAAACAUUCCAAUACAGGUCAGUUCAUUAAGCCAAUCAGAAAAAAGUUUCCUAUGUAAGGAACCCAGCAAAUUGCAUCGAGUCACUGACUAGUGUCAAAGUCUUUACAGCAAUCCGCGUAUUAAGCAAGCAUGUAGCGACAGUGGAGAGGAAAACUUCCUUUUAACAGGAAGAACCCUCCAGAGGAUCCUGGCUCAGUAUAAGCAGCCAUCCUCCACGACUCACUGGAUAAAACUCUGUGUGUGUGUGUGUGUGUGUGUGUGUGUGUGUGUGUGUGUGUGUGUGUGUGUGUGUGUGUGUGUGUGUGUGUGUGUGUGUGUGUGUGUGUGUGUGUAGAACUGCUCGAUGUUCUGCCUGAUGUUCUCAUUAUGAUUUUCUUUUUCUGAGAUGGGUGAACUUUUUUAAACGUAAUCCCCCAACGCACCAAAAACAAACAUAAAUAAAUAAAAUAGUUGACAUUGUUGACGCUCAGAGACUGUUUUUGUUAAUGGAUUUUGUGUGUUUUUUAAGAUAAAACAAGCUAAAAUACUAUUCUGUUUAUUGGAAGCUGGGCUUUUUUAAAUGUGUUAGAAUACGGCAUAAUGUGAGAAUUCUUUGUUUGCUGUGCUUGAAACAACAAAACAUGAUUUAAAAUCAUAUUAUUGAUUUAUUUUGUUUCUCGUUUUGAUCCAGUUCUUUAAAACCUCUCACAUACAUAGAAAAACAUUUGCUAAAAUCUAAAAGCAUAAAGGCUGAACACAUUUGUUCAUGCGAGGCUAACAGAUAUAAAUAAUGAAAACGCUCAUUAGAUCGUCUGAACUGUACAAACAGUGAAAAUAGCGACAUGACUUGCAAAAAUAAAGUUUUUAGGUCAUUUUUUUCUAAACAUUUGUGAUAACGUAAUUUUCUUGUGGAAAGGUCUUGCUGCAUCUGCACGGUGUCACGUCAGUUUACUUUCUGCUGUUUUGUUAGAAGAAAAUUCAUCUUAAUGUAACUUUAUAUUUUUCAUUGUGCUCCUCUUGUCAUUUUGAUGUUGAAUUUCUCGUUUUUAUUCAAGAACUUGCCUUUUAAUCCGGAUUUGUGCUGUUACAAUAAUGUGAAUUUCACUGGAAAGGGACAAAUAAAGGCUUAAUAGUUAA